AGGAAAGAGGGGAGAGAUAGAGAGAGAGAGAGAGGAGGGGAGGGCCGCUCACCACAUCUGGAACUUAUUGGGAACAGAGAGCGAGAGAGAAAGAGAGAAAAUUAGUGCGAGAAGAAUGAAAGAUCAACAAUGUGGAGUUGAGAAUAAAAAGUGGACGUCUGCUCUGGCCAUGGAGAACUUGGAAUCUCGUUUUUGAAACACAGGAAGGAAUCUGUCUCAUUUGGAAAUUUAAAAAGAUCUGAAGGAGGAACGAGUCUGAGAAAAGCACUGAGGAACCAAAGAGCACCAGAACAUCAGCCCUGAACACACACACUCCUCAUCGCAUCUGCUGGAACCUGCUGCAGACCGACAACCACGAUCCGGACUGAAAUCACUCUCAAACAAUUAUUCCUUCAGGAAUCUUUUUUUCCUCAAAGAUUCCUGGAAACAUUCCGAGUUUUUCUUCCCGAUUUCCCGUCUGCGCUCCUCCUCCUCCUCCUCCUCCUCCAGCAGGAUGGGCGUGUCCCGAGGCUGCCUCUGCUGUGUCAAAUAUCUCAUGUUCAUCUUCAACCUCAUCUUCUGGUUGGGUGGGUGUGGCCUGUUUGGUGUAGGGGUGUGGCUUUCCUUCCGCCAGGCUGAGAUCUCGUACCUCCCGCUGUCCUUCCCGUCGCUCUCCGUGGCCAACCUGCUGCUGGUUGCCGGGGGUGUUACCAUGGUGACGGGGUUCCUGGGCUGUCUGGGGGCUCUGAAGGAGCAGCGGUGUCUUCUGAUGACGUUUUUCGUGAUCCUCCUGCUGCUGUUCCUGACUGAAGUGGCGCUCGUCCUCAUGCUGGGGCUCUUCCACAAAGAGCUGGACCAGAAAGCAAAGGAGGACCUGAUUGAGGGAAUGAGGGAUUAUGACACCAACCCCAGCCUGAAGAAGUCCUGGGACAGCAUGCAGAGGAUUUUUAAAUGCUGCGGCGUGAGCAACCACACUGACUGGUACAACCGGACGACGGAGGGACCGCCCCCUGAGUCCUGCUGCAGAGACCACACCCCUCCCUGCCACCGCUGGGAAGAGCCCUGUUAUGAGAAGGCGAAGGCGUGGGUUCUGGACAACAUCACCUGGGUUCUGGGUUUCGGAGUGUGUCUCGGCAUCGUGCAGAUCCUGGCUCUGGCCUUCUCCAUGCUGAUGUACUGCCAAAUCCUGCGAGUGGAAAAGUACAUGGACUGAUCCUGCGCUUCAGUAACAGAGGAGAGAAUUCCACUCCAUCAGGACGCCAAAUUCAACUAAACUGAGUUUUACUGAGGUUUUAAAUUCAUUUACAUCCAACGUGGUUUUCAGCUGAGCUUUUCUGCCUGUGUGUGUAAAUUGUUGAUUUCCGUGUGGGUGUGAGAGUCGGAGCAGGUCAUGUGCUUUACUCUCAUACUGCACACUGUAAUCGUUAAUAAACAGAGCACUGAUCACAUGGAUGACGUUAAUUACAGGAUGGGGUGAGUGAUGUUGAAGAGGAGCUUAAAGGUGGUCAAUGCUCUAUAGAUUGAUGUUUUACUGUCUAAUAAAGUGAUUUCAAAUA